AUGUAUCUUUUUUGCCUUUAUUUCUUACCUUGCAUAUGCACCUUUAAGCAAGAGGAGGAGGGACAAGGACAAGGAGCCAUCACUGGACCAGAUGGCGAGACAGAAGAAAUGCUCAUUAAAAAAGCAGAGGAAAGCUUUUUCCAGGCUAUCGAGCAGGAACGUAAGACAAGAGAACGUCGCGAAAUAGAAAAACUUGCAACUGUCCCUACCGAGUCACAGAAAAUCAACGAAAAGGUAAGUUAA